AUGCCCGAUUUCAGCACCGCGAGCAAAACAAAUGACAGCAGCUGCAACUCGAGAUGCUCAACUGAGCCAUCCAGCUCCUGCGGAGGAACCUAUGUCAUGUCUUUGUACAAGAUCGUGAAUCCGCAAGGGAACGUAACGAACACUGGGUUCGUGCCAGCCUGCCGAACACAGCCCCUCUGCAGUCACCAUGUCUGUGAUACUUCGUUGAGCAUUGCAGAGAGAGUAGACUCGCUUGUCAACUCCCUGACCCUGGAGGAAAAGAUCCUCAAUGUUGUCGACGCUUCAGCCCUGAUCUGCCCGUCUCGGGUUGCCAUCCUACGAAGUUAUAUUCGCAAUUUUAUUCCUGGGCUUCAGGGUGAUGACCCGAAGGACAAGCAAGUCAUUGCAACAUGCAAGCAUUUCGCAGUCUACGACUUGGAGACGGGCAGAUAUGGGAAUAACUACAACCCUACUCAGCAGGAUCUGAGUGAUUACUUCCUGGCUCCGUUCAAGACCUGCGUACAUGACACGGAUGUGGGAAGCGUCAUGUGUACUCAGAAAGCACUGAAUUUCACUGCCGACUAUCAUUACGUGGUAUCUGACUGCGGUGCAGUCACAGACAUCUGGCAAUAUCACAACUUUACAGACACUGCCGAAGGGGCAGCAUCCGCUGCUCUCAAUGCCGGGGUUGAUUUGGAAUGCGGUUCCUCAUAUCUGAAGCUCAACGAGUCUCUCGCAGCAAAUCAGACCUUAGUCGAAGUCUUGGACCAGGCACUGACAAGACUAUAUUCGGCUUUGUUCACAGUCGGCUUCUUCGAUGGCGGAAAGUACAACGAUCUCGAUUUCUCGAACGUUUCUACCCCUGUCGCACAGGCUCUCGCGUAUGAGGCUGCAGUCGAAGGUAUGACGCCUCUCAAAAAUGACAAGCUGCUUCCUCUGGGUUCUUCGCAUAAAUACAAAAGCAUCGCCGUGAUUGGACCAUUCGCAAACGCCACGACUCAGAUGCAAGGCGACUACUCAGGCAAUGCACCAUUUUUGAUUAGCCCAUUGGAAGCAUUUGAGAGCGACCACAGGUGGAAAGUGAAUUAUGCUUUGGGUACAGAAAUCAAUAAUCAGAGUACCACUAGAUUUGGCUUAUCCAAGCUCUCGAAGCCAAUGAUCGUGGUCCAAUUUGGCGGCGGCCAGGUCGAUGACAGUAUCCUCCUGAAGGACAAAGGUGUCCAAGCUCUGGUUUGGGCGGGAUAUCCUAGUCAGAGCGGAGGCUCUGCUCUUCUUGAUGUCCUUCUGGGCAGAAGGUCACUUGCUGGUAGACUGCCAGUCACACAGUAUCCCGCCAGCUAUGCCGACCAAGUCAGUAUCUUCGACAUCAACCUUCGCCCUAAUAUGAAAGAUUCAUAUCCUGGGCGAACCUACAAAUGGUACACAGGAAAGUCUGUGAUUCCAUUCGGCUACGGCCUUCACUACACAGAGUUCAAAUUUAAGUGGGAAGAGACUUUGAACCGUGAGUACAACAUUCAGCAACUUGUUGCCUCAUGCCAAAGAAGUUCUGACCGUCCAGUCAAUGACAACACACCCUUUACCACUGUCAAGGCGCGGGUCAAAAAUGUUGGCCAUGAAACUUCCGACUACGUUAGCUUGUUGUUCCUUUCCAGCAAGGAUGCGGGCCCGACUGCGCGACCAAAUAAAUCCCUGGUAUCUUACUUGCGCCUCCACAAUAUUACAAGUGGAAGCGAACAAAUAUCAGACUUGCCUCUCACUCUCAGCUCACUGGCCAGAGCUGAUGAGAAUGGAAGUUUCGUCAUUUUCCCAGGGCGGUCGGUAUAA